AUGGCAGCCUCUGGUAGUAAGUCUGUCCUGUUCGUUUGUCUGGGUAACAUUUGCAGGUCACCCAUUGCGGAGGCUGUCUUCAGGAAGAUGGCAACCGAUGCAGGUGUUGUUGACAAGUGGCACAUAGACAGCGGCGCCACAUCCGACUGGAAUAUAGGCAGCCUGCCGGACGCCCGCGGGCUGGCCUGCUUAAAGGGCCGUGGCAUUGAGACCACUCAUAGGGCCAGACAGGUGACCAACGGCGACUUCAUGAACUUUGAUUUUAUUCUCUGCAUGGACGAAAGCAAUUUGAGAGACUUGAAUCAUAAAGCCAAUUCAGUGAAGAAUCUCAAAGCAAAAAUCGAACUGCUCGGUAAAUAUGACCCGCAGAAGCAGCUGAUCAUCAAGGAUCCCUAUUAUGGAAGCGAUGAAGACUUUGAAAAGGUGUACGAACAAUGUCGACGAUGCUGCAAGGCGUUCCUCGAGUCAAACUCGUAG